GAACUAUGUACAGUAUGCACAAUACACGGUAUUCAGUCAUGAAUACAAUGUAAACUGUGUAGUUUACUGUACAGUGAUAAAUUGUACAAGUUCAAAAUGGGGGACAAGUCUUCACUCGGUCCACUGUUGCUUGGGGCUGCAAUCACAGGGGCUACAGGACUGUGUUUGUAUCUUCUUCUAAAAAAUGAAGAAAAACUGUGUGAGAACCAAAAUUUAACUUGUCAGAUGACUGUUCUUGAUGUGAGAAUAUCUAAGGAAAAUGUUGGAAUAGUUCUUGGUAGACAUGGAGCCAAUAUCAGAGAGAUCCAGAGUAAAACCAAUACAAGGAUAUACGUCAAGGAUCAUCUGGAGACAGAUCAAUACAAGGUCUUAUCUAUAUCAGGAUAUCCCGAUGGGAUUAAAUUGGCGGAUAUCCUUAUACAGCAAACCAUCCUAUCCCAGCCCAGAAUGGAGUCACAAAUUGUUCAUAUACCUCAAUCAGCCGCUAUCAGUGUUUUAGGCCGACAUGAUGAACAUAUUAAAAGUAUAGAAGAAAAAUCUAGAUGUAGACUCUACGUAGAAAAGAAUUGUGAGGACUGCCCUGGUCAAAUUAAGAUAACUCUUCAAGGACCUAGAGAUCAGAUUGUGAAGGCUCAAGGAAUAAUUCAGACUGGAUUAGAAACAAAUCAAAAUAUUUUUAAUCAGACUGACCGGCCUGCUCGGCUGAAGUACCAGCAGCCACUAUUCCUGAAGUAUGAUCCUGAGGAAGACGACAAUUUAAUUUCUUCCGGAACUAUUUCACAGGAGCAGUUGCGGUCGACUGGAUCCGAUCAGCUAAUACAGGUGUAUGUAUCUUGUAUAUCUACCCCUGCAAUGUUCUGGGUGCAGAAUGUUGGGCCAAGCUCUAUUGAUCUGGAUAAGUUGACCCAGGAAAUGACCUCUUACUAUUCUAAACAGGAAAAUCAGGUGUUCCAUAAACUAGAGAGGGUUGAUGUUGGAGAUAUCGUUGUUUCAUCCUUUGCAGGGGACAAUAGUUACUACAGGGCUAAGGUGGUUGAGAUACAUGUGAAUGAGUACGACUACCUUCAAUCAACAGUAGACUUGGACUUUGUAGACUUUGGAGACGCAGAAGUUAAAUCUAUCUCAGAGGUAUUUGAGUUGAGAACCAAUUAUCUUAAGCUCAGAUUUCAAGCCAUACCAUGCCGACUAGCAAAUAUUAG